AUGGCCGCCACAAGCCUCAUCAUGGAAGUGGCCAGUGGGUGGCGGUCUGGUGGUAGCCUGGUGGUGGGUCGAGGGUCGGGAGGAGCUUCGGUGCUGAGCUCAAGUGGAGCAGUGCUCUCGUGCGGAGUAGAGCCACUAGGCGGCGUGGCGACGGCGCGUUUGGGCGAAGCGGGGGCCGCUGGGGCGGCGGGCCGGAGGUGCAGAGGGUUUCGGCAGCGGCGGGAGCUAUUGGGCUGCAAGGAUGCUGGGCAGCAGUGGGCUGCAAGGAUGCUGGGCAGCAGUGGGCCGCAAGCAGUAGCCAAGGAGAUGGGGGCCGCAGGCGAUGGCGGCAGCGGUGGUGCAGGGUCACCGGAGAGGGCGCUAGGCGGCGGGCAGCGAAAGCUGCAGGGCCGUCGGUGGAGGUCGGGAGCCGGGGAAGCCGGAGGUCGAGGAGCCGAAGGCCGGUGUCGGCAGGGGGUUGUGGUGGUCGGAGGAAGACUAUCAGUGGCUUGGUAUGGGCCUACAACAUGGCAGGGCCCCACGGGUCGUACGGCCUGGAUCUAG